AUGUUUUUCUUUGUACUGUUGCUUUAUUUCAGCCUGGCAAAAGGGGAAAACUGCCAUAUUCUAGACAGCCCGGCUUAUCCCCUGCUGUCUAAAGAUGGAGAUGUGAUAAUCGGAGGUUUAUUUUCAAUACAUGGUGAUAUAAAGCUUUCAUCACUGCAAUAUACUGAAAAACCUGAACCUUUAAUCUGCACUAGUUUUAACCUUAGAGAAUUUCGGUUUGCUCAGACCAUGACUUUUGUAAUUGAGGAAAUCAACAGGAGCAAAAGCUUGCUCCCAAAUAUCACAAUUGGUUACAGGAUUUAUGACAAUUGUGGCUCAAGAUUAUUAUCUAUGAAAGCAGCCAUGGCUUUGAUGAAUGGUCAGGACAUGACAGCAGAUGAUGCGUGCUCUGGACAAGCAGUAGUACAAGCUAUCAUAGGGGAGUCAGAGUCUUCUCCUACUGUAGUUCUCACAAAAACUACAGGGCCUUUUCGAAUCCCAGUGAUAAGUCAUGCUGCCACAUGUGAAUGCUUGAGCAACAGAAAAGAGUAUCACUCUUUCUUUAGGACUCUAGCGAGUGACUACUACCAGAGUAGAGCAUUGGCAUAUUUGGUCAAGCACUUUGGCUGGUCUUGGGUGGGAGCUGUGAACAGUGAUAAUGACUACGGAAACAAUGGAAUGGCCAUUUUUCUGAAUGCAGCCAAAGAGGAGGGGAUAUGUGUCGAGUACUCUGAGAAGUUUGACCGGUCAGAUCCUGUCAAACUAAUGAAAGUGGUAGACAUUAUUAAGAAAGGCACAGCCAAAGUAAUCAUUGUAUUUCUUGGCCAUGUUGAGAUGAACGUUCUAGUAGAAGAACUUAUUCUGAGGAAUGUCACUGGCUACCAGAUGCUUGGUGUUGAGGCAUGGAUUACUGCAGUCAAUCUAGUAACUCCAACAAGUUACAAUGUGUUGCUUGGAUCCAUGGGAUUUGAUGUGGGAAAAUUGAACAUUGGUGGUUUUGCUGAAUAUGUUAGUAACGAGUUUUGGCAAAGAGAUUUCCCUUGUUUGAAUACAAAGGGAAACAUUUCUCAAACUGAAAACAACUGUAGCAGAUAUGACGAAAUCAUUACCUUUAAAAACUACAAUGAAGAUAUAGCAGAAUUGAGAUAUGCCAAUAACAUAUACAGUGCAAUUUAUGCUGUGGCACAUUCUCUACACAGCCUGUUGAGAUGCACAGAAAACAAGAAUUGUGAGAAUGGCAAGACAAUACAAUCAUGGCAGGUUGUUGAGUCACUGAAAAAGGUUAACUUUACAACCAAAACAGAAGAACGGGUUUGGUUUGACAGCACUGGGGCAACAGCUGCAAAAUACGAUGUAGUGAACUGGCAACGAGGCUUUGACGGAGAAGUGCAGUUUAAGGUUGUGGGGUAUUACGAUGCCGCUCUACCAGCUGGACAACAAAUUGUCUUAAAUGCUAACGAUAUAAGUUGGGCUGGAGGGAAACCAGAGAAGCCAAGGUCUGUGUGCAGUGAGAGCUGUCCUCCAGGAACCAGGAAAGCUGCACAGAAAGGAAGGCCUGUCUGCUGUUAUGACUGUAUACCAUGUGCAGAGGGAGAGAUCAGUAACCAGACAGAUUCAAAUAACUGUGAGCAGUGUCCAGAAGAAUACUGGUCUAAUGCUGACAGAGAUAAAUGUGUCUUAAAGGUCAUAGAGUAUCUUUCAUUUACAGAGGUUAUGGGGAUUAUACUGGUAUUUUUUUCUUUGUUUGGAGCUGUAUUAACUGUGCUAGUUGCUAUUUUAUUUCUAAUUAAAAAGGACACUCCUAUUGUCAGGGCCAACAACUCUGAGCUGAGCUUCCUGCUGCUGUUCUCCCUGACUCUGUGUUUCCUCUGUUCACUAACUUUCAUUGGACGGCCUUCUAAAUGGUCCUGUAUGCUGCGCCACACAGCGUUUGGGAUCACCUUUGUCCUCUGUAUCUCCUGUGUACUGGGGAAAACAGUAGUUGUACUAAUGGCCUUCAGGGCUACACUUCCAGGCAGUAAUAUCAUGAAAUGGUUUGGACCUCUACAGCAGAGACUCAGUGUUCUUGCAUUCACUCUCAUACAGGUUCUUAUUUGUGUGCUUUGGUUGACAGUUUCUCCUCCUUUCCCUUAUAAGAACAUGAACUACUACAAGGAAAAGAUCAUAUUAGAAUGUAACUUGGGUUCAGCUAUAGGUUUCUGGGCCGUGCUGGGUUAUAUUGGAGUCCUUGCUUUCUUGUGCUUUGUUUUGGCUUUCCUAGCUAGAAAGCUGCCAGAUAAUUUUAAUGAAGCUAAAUUCAUCACAUUCAGCAUACUCAUAUUCUGUGCUGUGUGGAUCACCUUUAUUCCAGCUUAUGUCAGCUCUCCUGGAAAAUUUACUGUAGCUGUGGAGAUAUUUGCUAUUUUGGCCUCCAGUUUUGCUCUACUAUUCUGUAUAUUUACACCUAAAUGUUAUAUUAUUCUGUUUAAACCUGAACUAAAUACAAAGAAAAAUAUGAUGGGUAAAAUGGCAUCUAAAUCUCUUUAA